CUUUAUUAUUGCGCCGAAAAUUCAAGAAGGGCAGCAAAACAAAAACAAGAAAAUAAAUAAAUCAAGAAGACAAAAAGAAAACAAACACAUCAACGAUGAGUCACUCGUACUGCGAAAUUGAUGUAAUUGUAUAUUGAGGAACAUGUGAAAGAUAGAAAAAUUUGGAGGUGGAUUCGUAAUUCCCAGAUCUCUCUCUACACUUCACUGCUCUCUCUUGGAAAGAUCCGAUCAUCAUCAAUCGUUUCUGAUUUAAUGACUGACUAAGAAGUUGUUACAGCUAUCUUUGUUGAGAGAAGAGAGUUGAUGUUAUCUCUGGCAUUCAUUCUAAUAAGAUGUUUGGUGGGAGAAGUCACAUACUCAAAGGCAGUGUAUCACUUGCCUUGGUUAUCCUCAUUCUUCUUGUUGUGAUUCUCCUUGUUUCCGAGGAAAACCGUCUUAGUACUUCUUAUCUCUUUGACAUUAAAAGUCAGUUUUCACCUUCUUCUUCUUCUUCUUCAGUUUGUAACUUUGCAAAAGGGAAAUGGGUUAAAGACAGGAAGAGACCAUUGUAUUCUGGUUUUGAAUGUAAUCAGUGGUUAUCAACCAUGUGGGCUUGUAGAAUUAUGGGCAGACCUGAUUUUUCAUUUGAGGGUUACCGGUGGCAGCCUCAAGGUUGCAACAUGCCACACUUUGACAGAUUCACUUUCUUGACAAGAAUGCAGAACAAGACGAUAGCAUUUAUAGGAGACUCAUUGGGACGGCAGCAGUUUCAGUCCCUAAUGUGUAUGGCCAGCGGUGGUAAAGAUAGCCCAGAUGUUCAAAAUGUAGGGUGGGAGUACGGUCUGGUGAAAGCCAAAGGAAACCAUUGGGUGAUGCACGUAAAUGGAACACGGGUUCAAGGUGAAUACCUCAAGGAUAUUAAAAACGCAAAGGAUUUUACAAUACACAGCGUUGUGAAGUGGCUUGAUGCAGAGCUUCCAUUGCAUCCACGGUUGAAAGCUUUCUUUAGAACGAUAUCUCCGAGACAUUUUAAAAACGGAGAUUGGAAUACAGGGGGAAACUGUAACAACACAGUCCCUUUGUCUAGAGGAGGCGAAAUCACAGGCGAUGAUGGAUCUAUAGAUACAACAGUUGAGAGUGCUGUGAAUGGGACUAGGAUAAAGAUUCUUGACAUAACUGCACUUUCUGAGCUAAGAGAUGAAGCUCAUAUCUCAGGGUCAAAACUCAAACCUAGAAAACCAAAGAAGGCUAGUAGUAACGUGACUACAACUCCGGUUAUCAACGAUUGCUUGCAUUGGUGCUUACCUGGGAUCCCUGAUACUUGGAAUGAACUUUUCAUUGCUCAGAUUUGAAGUCUCCAAACAUCACCAAAGUUAGCUCUGUUUUGAUUCUUUGUUAUAGAAAGAUUUUUUUAAUUCUUUCUGGAGAAAAAGAAAAGGUUCCAGCCAGUUCUUACAAAUAGGGGUUUUAGAAGGUUUUUGGAACUGAUACAUUUACAGAUAUAUAUGAUUCAUAUGUGUAUCCAAAGUGUAAUGAUUACAACAAUCUGUUUUUUCUAUGGAAACAAAUCAUUUUUGUUAA